GCAGGGUUGUAGUUAAUGCAAUUUUUUUUGCGCUCUCGCUUCAUGAGCCUGGACCGAACAUGGCUUCAGCUAUAGACCCUUGCUCCUUUUCCUCCUUCUCCAAGUGCGUUACCAAGCACCUGAAUCUCACCUAUCAUGUGGAUUUUGACAGCCAUGUCCUCAAAGCUAAGGUCGCGCUCACCGUGGAGGUUUUAGUGGAUAAUUUCACGUCUUUGACCCUUGACACAAAGGACCUGAAGGUCUCCAAGGUAACAGCCAAUGGACAGGCAGCAAAGUUCACUUUGGGACCCAAGCACAGGUUCAUGGGAACCCCUCUGGAGAUCACACUGCCCUUUGACCUCUCCAGGGGUCAGCAUGUGAUCGUGGAGGUGACUUAUGAGACGGCUCCUAGUGCUUCUGCGCUGCAGUGGCUCACUCCUGAACAGACUGCUGGGAAGAAACACCCCUACCUCUUCAGCCAGUGCCAGGCCAACCAUUGCAGGAGCAUGGUACCCUGCCAGGAUACCCCCGCUAUGAAACACACCUACUAUGCCCAGGUGUCUGUCCCCAAGGAGCUGGUAGCUGUGAUGAGUGCUGUACGGGACGGACAGGAGCCUGAUCCCCAGGACAGCAGCCGGGUCAUCUACCGCUUCAGACAACCAGUGCCCAUGCCCUCUUACCUCAUUGCCAUCGUGGUUGGAGCUUUGGAGAGCAGAGAGAUUGGGCCCAGGUCUCGUGUUUGGUCAGAGAAGGAGUUUGUGGACAAGGCAGCAUUUGAGUUCUCAGAGACAGAGACCAUGUUGAAGACAGCUGAGGACCUUGCGGGGCCGUAUGUGUGGGGCCAGUAUGACAUCCUGGUCCUGCCCCCCUCCUUCCCGUAUGGAGGCAUGGAGAACCCCUGCCUUACCUUUGCCACCCCCACACUGCUGGCUGGAGACAGAUCCUUGUCCAAUGUCAUAGCCCAUGAGAUCUCUCACAGCUGGACUGGCAACCUGGUGACCAACAAGACCUGGGAGCACUUCUGGCUGAACGAGGGUCACACGGUGUACCUUGAGAGAAUGAUUGGCAGGUCUAUGGAGAGUGAACAGUUCAGACAGUUCAAGGCCAUGGGCGGCUGGAAGGACCUGCAGGAAUCGGUGAACACGUUUGGGGCCAACAACCCUCUGACCAACCUGGUUCCCAACCUGAAUGAGGUGGACCCUGACGAUGCCUUCUCCUCUGUUCCCUACGAGAAGGGUUUCGCUCUUCUCUACCACCUGGAGGAGCUCAUGGGAGGACCUGAGGUGUUUAUGGGUUUUGUGAAGUCAUACAUCCAGCUGUUUGCUUACAGCAGCGUCACUACUGAGGAGUGGAAGAACUACCUCUUCACCUACUUUAAGAACAAGGUGGACAUCCUGAAUAAGGUGGACUGGAACGCCUGGAUGCACACCCCUGGGAUGCCCCCCGUCAAACCACAAUACGACACCACCAUGGCAGAUGCCUGCAUCGCACUGUGUAAGAGAUGGGUGAAGACCAAAGAGGGGGAUCUGGGGAAUUUCAGUGAGGUGGAUGUGAAGACUCUCUCCACCCACCAGCUCAUAGAGUUCCUGUCUCUGCUCCUGCAAGAGGAGCCCCUCCCCCUCAGCCAUGUGAAGAGGAUGCAGGAAGUGUACCAUCUCAACGCCUUCAUCAACGCAGAGAUCCGCUUCAGGUGGCUGCGGCUGUGUGUCAAGUCCAAGUGGGAGGAUGCCAUUCCCAUGGCGCUGAAGAUGGCGACAGAACAGGGAAGGAUGAAGUUCACACGGCCACUCUUCAAAGAGGUGUAUAACUUUGAUAAGUAUCGUGAGGAGGCGGUGCGUGUGUUCAUAGCCAACCGGGCAGCCAUGCACCCGGUAACGGCCAAUCUGGUGGCCAAGGACCUGAAGGUGGACACCGGCAAGAGCACCUGAUUCUAAUUGGAAUCCCACCGGAAGCACUCAGAGACCGGCGUUAUCUCUAGAAAUCUAGAGAGAAGCUUCCAGUCACACCCCCACCUUUUAUAACUGUCUCUACUUUGCUUGGCAGCUAUUCAGAAUUGGCUUGUUUCUGUUUGUUUUUACAUUAAGGUUUGUGAUUCGUCGAGCAGGGUUGGGGUCAAUUCUGAAUUUCUGAAUUCAAUUCAAUUCAAACAAUGAAUUUGAAUUUGCCACACCCCACAGGAAGCAGAAUUUGAAUUGAAGGAUGUAUAAUUUAGAUAUGUGGUAGUAGAGGAAUGGCCUGAGGGCACACACUUAAUGUGUUGUGAAUGUAUUGUAAUGUUUUUAAAAUUGUAUAACUGCCUUAAUUUUGCUUUACCCGAGAAAGAGUAGCUGCUGCCUUGGCAGCAGCUAAUGGGGAUCCAUAAUAAAUA